AAUUGAGAGUUGGAUAUUAGCAGGCUGACAGUAAUGAAAUAAAGACAUUCAGCCACGAUCGCAACAGUAAAGAGAAGAAACGUACCAUUGCCAUCGUUGAUGAAACACGUUCGAAAGCAAAAUGGAACAGUUCCAAGAAGAUGCGGAGAUGGGCGAGGAGAGAAUAGCCGAGUACAGCCAGGUUUUCGACAUGUUUGACAAAGACUGUGACGGAGCGAUAUCAGCCCAUGAGCUGGGAGGGGUCAUGCGGACGCUGGGGCAACAUGUGACUCUGACGGAACUGAAGCAGAUGGCGAACAGUAAGGAUGAACAAGGAAAAAGUGUGAUAUUCUUCCCCGAGUUUGUGACGAUGAUGACCCAGAGGAAUCAAAUGAUCACCUACAAUGAUGACGACCUGAAAAACGUGUUCGGUGCCUUUGAUCUGGAUAACGAUGGUUUCAUAAGUGCUGGAGAGUUACAACAGGUGAUGAUGAUGUUGAAUGAACCCCUUUCAAAAACGGAGGUCAUUCAGAUGAUAAAGGAGGCUGACCGAGAUGGAGAUGGCAAGGUCUGUUAUGAAGAGUUCUACUUCCUGAUGAUGGAGAAGAAACGACAAUACUCAGAUUAGGAUUGACCCCAGGUCGAGGAAGACCGCCAUAACACGUUCCAGUAGCUCGUAUGAAAGCCUUUCUCAGGCUGCCCAUGUUAGAAAGAACUACAUCAUAUUAUAGGUUCAGCUACUAUAGAACAUCUGGCGGCAGCUCGAGGAAACAUACCGACCCACUUGGCAUUAGGAGCAGAACACACCAUAUCAUUCCAAGUGUACACUUGCUACCCCAUUCAGGAGAUAUAUAUAAAUGAAUCGAAUGCAAAGAUCGUCCUUUUGUCGAAAUAUGAUAUAUAUCCAGUUCAAUCGGUCACAUCACAGAUCAUCCCCUUGUGUCUGUUCAUAACUGUUCAUUCUCUUUGUAGUCUACGUUGAUCUGUGGUCAAAGAUAAACAACGACAAGCCUCUAUGUAUUACUAUAUCAUGACAUUUUUGAAUAUCCAAUAAAGAUUCACCGCACGUGAACAGUUGGCUAUAUGUUGUGUGUUUA